AUGUACUCAAUCAUUCCAGCAGGGCUGAUUCUGAUUUCAGCACGUGAAUUGACAUUGGAGGCAGCACAGUCUGCUGGUUCUGCAAGGAUUGUCAAUUCUCGCCCCUCGAACAGGGAUUUACCAUUUGCUCAGACAAAGAAGCUGCUGGAUAGCCGCAAUGAUAGAGAAAUCUUGGAAGGCCUGCGGAAGGUCAUCAGCAUGAUGUACCGUUCCAAACCCUGUCUUCCUUUCUUUUCGGCAGUAGUCAAAAAUGUUGCCAGUCCAAACAUUGAGAUCAAAAAGCUCGUGUAUAUUUAUCUCCUGCAUUAUGCAGAGUCAGAGCCGGACCUUGCAUUGCUCUCCAUUAAUACGAUACAGAAAUCUCUAAGUGACCAGAGCCCCCAAGUCCGUGCAAUGGCACUACGAGUCAUGUCAGGCAUCAAGGUACCUGUCAUCAGCCAGAUAGUCUCUCUCGGAAUUAAGAAAGGAUGUGCGGACAUGAGUCCUAUUGUCCGGAAGGCCGCUGCUCUGGCAAUACCAAAGUGCUAUAGAUUGGAUCCCAAUACUCUACCUCAGCUCCUCGAUUACAUAUCAGUUCUGCUUGGAGACAAGCAAUACUAUGUGGUAGGACCUGCAGUCAUUGCAUUCCUGGAGGUUUGCCCGGACCGCAUAGAUCUCAUUCACAAGCAUUACAGAGGACUUGUCAGGAAGCUGGUUGACAUGGACGAGUGGGGCCAACUUGCUACUUUGAGCCUUUUGACAGUCUAUGCACGCAAGUGCUUUCCUGUGCGGACUAAGAGAGUGAAGAAGAAUAAGAGCAAAGGGUUCUAUGAGGACGAGGGCAGUGAGCAUGAGGAAGACAACUCCGGAGAAGAAGUCCAAGUGCUGGACCUUGAUCUAGAGCUUUUCCUCAAAGCCUGUAAACCUCUAUUGUCGAGUCGGAACUCUGCAGUCAUUGUAUCGACCGCCCGCUGCUUCCUCCAUCUCGGUACCUCUGAGUAUAUCGACGCUGCGAUUGGGCCCCUGGUGGCCUUGUUGAGAAGCCCACAAGAUAUUCAGCAUGUCGCAAUGAACAACAUCGUUGCCGUCUGCCUAGUCCGACCUGAGUCAUUUGUCAGAUACGUGGGCCAUUUCCUAGUGCGAGCCACAGAUCCUCCCAAUGUCUCACGCCUGAAGUUCGAAAUUUUGACAUUGAUAUUUCCGCACUGCGAGCCACACAUUAGAGAGAUGAUUUUGAGCGAGUUGGAGCAUUUCACCCGAGCUGCAGAUGCUGCGUUAGUACAGGAGAGCGUGCGGGCUAUUGGACGAUGUGCCCAAAAUGAGAGCACGGCUUCGACACGAUGCUUACGACUUCUGCUAAACCAGCUUUCAAGCCAAGAUGGAAACCUUGUGGCUGAGUCACUGACAGUAAUCCGUCAUCUGAUCCAGCAAGAUCCACAAGCGCACGUGCAAACCGUGAUUAGGUUGGCGAAGAAUUUGGAUACUACGACAAACCCAGAAGCCAGAGCAAGCAUUAUAUGGCUCGUCAGCGAGUUUUCAGGUUUGCCAGAAGAAGAAAAUAUCGCCCCCGACGUCCUCCGCAUUCUUGUCAAAGGGUUCGCCGACGAAUCCGAGGCAGCUAAAUUGCAAAUUGUUCUCCUAGCUGCCAAAGUCUAUUUGCACUAUCUCAUCCGCACCACUCCAGCACAAACAGAAGAAGCACCAGACAUUCCAUCAGCCCAAGUUGUCGAGUGUGCUUCACUUCAUAUUUCAGCCGCGGCUGAGGAGAAUGGCUGGCAAGAUCCUCACCCGCCGCCCUCAACCGACCAGCCGGGACUAGAAUCAGAUCAAGACUCUCCUCAUCCCAUACCUCUUCUGUGGACCUACGUCCUGCAUCUAACGCGUUAUGAUGUCUCCUACGACCUCCGAGAUCGCACUCGUCUCUAUCGUGCUCUCCUAUCCAAUCCUCAAUCCACUCAACUAGCCUCCCUACUCCUGCUCGCCCCCAAGCCUGUUCCACACACACCCUCUCCAUCCGAAAAUCGAAAAGGUCUGCUGAUUGGCUCAAGUAGUCUUGUCAUUGGUGUCGAAGCAGCUGGUGCAGACGGUAUGAUGGGAUAUGAGGGCUUGCCCGAGUGGGUUAAGGAAGGGGAGGAGCCGGAUGCUAAGCUGAGGGAUGAGGGUCUGGCAAAGGAGGUCUAUGGGGAGAAGAAGGAUGUGCCGGCGGCGAGGGAGUUGGAUAAAGCGGUUGAGAAGAAAGGGUUGGGGAAGAUUGGGGUUGGAGGGGCGAAGAACAAGACGUUUGAUGAUUGGCUAGAUGAAGAAGAGGACAGUGAAGAGGGGAGUACGGAAGAGGAGACGGAGAGUGGGAGCGAGGAAGAGAGUAGUGAGGAGGAAGAGAGUGAGAGUGAGGGAGAUGAGGAAGUGGAUAGAUUGGUCAAGCAAUAG